AUGGAGCCAAAGGAGAGAAAGGUGAUCAAGGACUACCUGGAGUUCAGGGACUGUACGGUGCAGUGGGGGAUAAAGGAGCCAAAGGAAACCCAGGACGCAGAGGGCCUCGGCAUAGCCAGUGCAUCCCCCUGUUUGUUCACUGGUGGUCCAGAGGCAGGAUCCCACGCUCUGUUCGCCGUGGUCCGAGUUCGAUUCCCAGGCAGGGAACAGACCCAGCCUCUGAAGAGCCAACUCUCAGGUCAGCUCGGCGACGUGGGCAGUAAAGGGGACACUGGACCGGAGGGUGUCACAGGUCCAGCGGGAAACAGAGGAAAUCGGGGGCCUCCUGGAGAUCCUGGAGAUAAAGGGUUUGUCGGACACCAGGGUCCUAAAGGCUCAGCAGGAACCAGCGUGAAAACUGAAUGUGAAUUAGUGAAUUACGUGCGUGAGAACUGCGGUCGUGCUCAGUGUCCUGGUUACCCUACAGAGCUAGUCAUUGCUCUUGAUAUGUCCUCUGAUGUAACCACCAAGGCGUUUGACGAGAUGCGUUCCGCAGCCGUGUCGCUGCUAGAGGACAUCGCUAUCGCGGAGACAAACUGUCCAACCACAAGCGAAAGAGUCAGCUACUGGAGGCAGUCAAGGGAAUCUCUCUGCAAAGGAGCAGGAGUCGCCGUGAUAUCGGUCAGGCCUUGCACUUCAUCGCCAAUAAUGUCUUCAAAACGUGUCCGAAAUGGCAAACUGGUCAGGAAGGUGGCCGUUGUCCUGGUAAAUGGGGAAUCGCAGGACGUCCAGGCCAUCAACACAGGCAUGCUGAAGCUCAAGGCUUCAGGUAUCGAUCUGGGAGUAAUCACCUUCAAAGACGAUCCAAACAUUCGUCGUGCCAUCCAGGCAGAUGAAACAGGAAGCUUCAAGGUUUUUACCAGUGACGAAGGCAGACGGAUUAAAGAAUGCGUCAUCUGUUACGAUUACUGUAAACCAGAACAGAGGUGUGGCAUCAACCGAAAUCCUGAGCCUGAGAAGGUGGAUGUGGACCUAACUAUAAUGAUGGACUCCUCUUAUGAUAUUCAGGCUGAUCAAUACUCUGAUGUGAAGGAGUUUUUGGUUUCUGUGCUGGACAUAAUAGACGUAAGCGAUGAGCCCACCACAGAGGAUGGGAAGGCCAGGAUCGGUGUGUACCAGCAGAGCUCCACCUACCCUAACUACCACAUCAAGGAAGUACUCGGACUCGGCGCGCUCAGAGACCGUGCCGUGAUCGAGAGACGCAUUUCUGAAGACAUGCUGCAAGCCGGUGGCUCGCCUCGUCUGGAUUUGGCUCUCGAAUGGAUGGUAAACAAUGUUCUCCUGGAGGCCCAGGCACCGAGGAAGAAGAGAAUGGUCCUGAACGUCAUCAGUAAAGAAUCAGAGCGUUUCACAGACAAAGACACGCAGAAAUACGUCUCCAUGCUGGCUCAGUGUAACGAUAUUGUGAUGGUCACGCUGACGGUGGGAGAAAAGUUCAGCUGGAGUCAAGUAGAAGGUCUCAGCACACCACCAAUGGUGCAACACCAUAUUCCCCUGGGACAGCUGGGUCUGAGGGACCGGCAGUAUGCUCAGAAAUAUCUACGAGCCUUCCUACGCAUGCUCACCAGGGAUUUCUUCCCGAAACCUUCGUCUCUAAACGACGAGUGCAGCACUUUUGUUUCUAAGCAGAUUAAACACGUGACUGGUGUCCCUCCAACAAAACAACAUGAAGUUUUCACCCCGGCUGAGGAGUUCACUACCGAAGCCGUAACCGAGACCUACACUGAAGCGAGCACAGACGUCUAUCAGGAAGUUACGGCACCACCUCCACAAGUGUUUACAGAAAUCUACACAGAAACCUACACAGAUGUAUAUACCGAGAGGUACACAGAAAUGUAUACAGAACAUCCCGAAAUCCAAACAGAGAUAGUCAUGGUAUAUCCGACAGAGACGUAUACCGAGGUGUUCACGGAUGUGUACGAGGACGUUUACCAGAACGAGUACCGGGACCAGCCUGCGCACGAAAACACUGGAGUAGACGGAAAAGUGUCAAUGGCGAACAGCGAGAAAGCAGAGAAGGAUGUCAGAGAGGACACCAGGCACCAACCUGGGCCUGACACGUCAAAGGGCCGGUGUUCAUUGGACAUGGACAUGGGGAGGGUGUGUUCGAGCUACGAGUCCCGCUGGUACUACGACCGCAAUGCUCAUGAAUGCAAGCACUUCUGGUACGGCGGUUGUGACGGGAACGGCAAUCGCUUCAUGACGAAAACUGAGUGCGAGGAGACAUGCGGGGGAUCAAGUGUUCUUCUCAACGAUGAACCUUCAAAAGUGGAAGAUGUUUGCCAGCUCGCUCAGGACAUGGGCACGUGCAUUAACUUCAUGCUGAAGUGGCACUACGAGGCAUCUCGGAAAGAGUGCAGCCGCUUCUGGUACGGAGGCUGCGGGGGCAACAGGAACAGGUUCGAUACACAGGAGGAAUGCGAAGCUCGCUGUCUGAGAGCCGAGAAGAAGCUCUGAACACGCCAGAAACAUCCGCCGGGGUUAAUUUAAUUGUGUCGCUUUGUUGAGACGUUGUUUUAAAAUGAUUUGUACUUUUACAUGUUUUCUGAUGAACAGAACAGUAGUUUUCAUUACUGUCUCUACAAACAGAUUAAUGUUAUUAAUCAAAUAUCAGAAUUCAGACUGAGAUGCAAUCCGAUUGGUUACAUAGACAGGAAAAAAUAUAUAUAUAUAUUAACUGCAUAUAGCAAGAUGUGAUUUAUCGGGACCCUGAAUGAACAAAAAUGUGUCCUUGUAAAAAAAUUAUGAUAGUUUGGUGUGUAUAAAAAUUUUAUUCCACAAAUCUUGACUCA